AAUCCCUAUAGAAAAACUGAGUUGUACAUGACGUGUCAAUAUUCCAUUUCCAUUCCCAACCAGCUAAAAUCCAGACCACGUAAGACAAGGCAAGAAAUGGCUCCCCAUAGUCUGUCCAGUUUUGCUUUCUUUACCUUGUGCACUUUCCUUAUAGUCCUGCAUUUUGAAACAUUUUGCUGGACUCCCGGCCAUUCUGCUUCAGUAGAUGAUAAUCCUGACCCGGCGGCGAGAGGUAUGUGUGCAGCGGCGGUUGCUGUACAUGGUUACGAGUGCCAGGAGUUUGAUGUAUUAACUGAUGACGGGUAUAUAUUAAGCGUGCAACGAAUUCCCCACGGCCGCGUUGGAGGUGGCAGUGGUGGGCCAAAUAGGCCGCCAGUGUUGUUGCAACAUGGGGUUCUUGUGGAUGGAAUGACAUGGCUAGUAAAUCCUCCAGAACAAUCUUUGGCAAUGAUAUUGGCUGAUAAUGGCUUCGAUGUGUGGAUUUCCAACAUCAGGGGAACCAGAUUCAGCAGGCGACAUGUGACUCUUGAUCCUAGCACGCCGGAAUUCUGGGAUUGGACAUGGGAUGAUCUAGUGUUUCAUGACCUACCAGCUAUUUUAGAGUUCAUGUUCAAAAAAACCGGGCAGAAAAUCCACUACGUAGGCCAUUCCAUGGGAACUUUGAUUGCCCUGGCAUCCUUCUCCGAAGGGAAACAAAUAGACAAGGUCAGAUCGGCAGCAUUGCUGAGUCCAAUUGCAUACUUGAGUCAUAUGACUACAGAGCUUGGUGUUCUUGUAGCAAGAGCUUUUGUUGGUGAAAUCACUACAAUGUUUGGACUUGCCGAGUUCAAUCCUAAAGGGGAGCCUGUGUCCAACUUUCUCAAGGCCUUGUGUACCGACCCAGAGGUGGACUGUUACAACUUGCUAGAUGCGCUUACGGGGAAGAACUGCUGUCUAAAUAACUCCACUGUUGAGCUUUUCUUGAGGAAUGAACCUCAAUCUACUGCAACUAAAAAUCUAGUUCAUUUGGCUCAAACUGUUCGGGAUGGAAUCCUAUCGAGAUAUGACUAUGGAAAUGCUGACUUCAACGAGAAGCAUUAUGGCAAGCCAAAACCUCCGGCUUACGAUUUGUCAAAAAUCCCCAGUGAUCUGCCCAUCUAUCUGAGUUAUGGAGGGGAAGAUGCACUCUCUGAUGUAAAAGAUGUGGAUAUUUUGCUUGAUAGUCUUAAAUUACAUGAUGAAGACAAGAUCCAUGUUCAGUAUAUAAAGGAUUAUGCACAUGCAGAUUUUAUAAUGGGGGAAACGGCCAAGGAUAUUGUUUACAAUAAGAUUAUAGCAUUUUUCAGAAAUCAGCAGUAAAUUUCUUGAUUUGGGGUGUUACUUGUAAGAGGACAGUAAUUAUCAUAUGUGAAUAAACCAUUCACAGAACUUCGACGAGAGACUUGACGUAAUUGUUUAUUAUUUAUAUUUCU